AUGCGUGCUUUUAUCGUCCUGUGUGUAUUAGCCUCUGCCUACGCCGAUAAAUUGGGCUACAACUAUCGUCCUGUUGGCCAUUCCGAUAGCGGACUCUCAUUUACGCCCGGUGGUGGCGCAGGUGGACUAGGUGGUAUCGGCAGUGUUGGUGGACUUGGCGGCAGUAUUGGUGGACGCGGCGGUAGCGGUGGCGUUGGUCCUGCUGCACCUGCACCUGUUUAUCAGGCACCAGUUGCCGAGUACGAAAAGGAGUUCUUCACAUACACUGCCGAUGAAAAAGAGUUCAGUGAACCAGCCGACAAUGGUCAAGUGAUUGAAUCGUUGAAAAAGAACUUGCGCGUGAUCUUCAUCAAGGGACCCGAAGGCAAUGGCUUGGAGAAGGCCGCUAUCAAUCUCGCUAAACACGCUGGAGAAGAGAAGACCGCUAUCUACGUGUUGCAGAAACAAGCUGACUUGGGCGAUUUGGCCAACAAAUUACAGGCUGAAAACGAUGUGCAACGUCACAAGCCCGAAGUACACUUUGUCAAAUACCGCACACCCGAGGAUGCGGUCAACGCUCAGCGUGCCAUUCAAUCGCAAUACGAUCAAUUGGGCGGCAAUUCUCAAAGCUACAAUGGCGGUGAUGCUCCAGUACACAACUUUGCUUCCCCAGCUGCGCGACCAGCUCCACGCCCAGUUAGCGCUCCCGGCGCUGCUUAUCUGCCUUCAUCAAUUUUCCGUGUCUAA